UUCGUUUUCCGGACCCUCCCUUUCCCUCCUUUUCUCUCUCCUUCCUUAGAUUCCCCGAUAUUCUACCCCUUCCUCUGCCUCCUGCUGAUGGCGGAAACUUCCUCUCUUUGCUUCUCAAGAUUCUCUCCUGUUCCUUCUGUUUCUCGUUCGAAGAAAUCGAGACCCUCGUCCUCUCUGUUUGCAUUCACCUCUUAUCAGUUCUGGGCUUCACGUCCUCGGCCCUCGCGUCGUCCCUUCCACUUCGCCACAAAAGCCACCGAUUCCGGCAAUGUUUUCGGUGAUGAUUCCUUCGGAUUUUUCCCUUGGUCCGAAGAUGGCGAAAUUCAAUGGAUUCCUGAGGAGAGAGUGACCUUAUUCACUGCUGAUGGGCUGAUUCAGAUUGGAGGCUCCGUGGUUCCUCGUCGUGUUAGGGCUUCAGAUAAGAAACAAAGGAAAACUGCCCAGAGAUUUCAACGAUUCCAAGAGAGUGACUACAUGGAUCCUAAUCAAAGUCUUUGUCUAGGUGCUCUCUUUGAUAUUGCAGCGACUAAUGGGCUUGAUAUGGGCAGAAGACUCUGUAUUUUUGGUUUCUGCCGUUCCAUUGAGAUGCUGAGUGAUGUUGUGGAAGACACAGUCUUGGAGCAUGGUGGGGAGGUUGUUGCUGCAGAGAAGGCAAGCAAAGGUGGUUUGAAUGAGAAGCUAACCAUGACUGUUGCAGUGCCACUGUUAUGGGGGGUGCCUCCAGCUUCAGAGACACUUCACCUUGCAGUUAAAAGUGGCGGAGGGAUUGUAGAGAAGGUCUAUUGGCAAUGGGAUUUCCUAUAAAUAAAUGCUAGAGGUCUCCUGAUCAUUCUUUGUGCUCUGUACAUAAAUUUGUAUCCCGCCAUUCCGAGUUUCGGCUUGAUGGUGAGAGCAUUUUAGUUUCACCCGUCAAGUCGCGGGUUUGAAACGGCACUCUGUGGAACCAAAAUUUGUAUCUCGUGUAUAUCAAUGUACAAAACUGAAAUUUAUCUAUUGGACACUGGUUUCAUGCUAA